AUGACGUAUGUGAUACUGUCACACAACCUUCCAACACCAGUAACAUCAGAGUUGCCACCCAAUGUUCGUCAAGUUCGUGGUGUGGUGUCUGCCUUGGAAAAUGGUUUUGUGUUUGGAGAUGGGUCCUCUGCUGAGGCUGAUGCUAUCAUGUAUUGUAGUGGUUAUACGUUUUCAUACCCAUUUUUGUCAAAGGAGUGUGGCAUUACUGUGGAAGACAAUGUUGUCAAACCCCUGUACAAGCACCUCAUUAACACUAAGUAUACCUCCAUGGCAUUCAUUGGCAUACCUUCCAUGGUCUGCCCUUUUCCUAUGUUUGAUUUCCAGGUUCAGUACUUCAUGGCAGUGAUGAAAGGAGUGAUUACUCUGCUGUCCCGCGAGGAAAUGGAUGAUGCCACACUGUCAGAGCUCCAUCGGCGUCGCCGUCUCGGAUACGCUGACAGACACUUCCAUAAGUUAGGACUAGAGAGGCAGCAAAACUUCACAGAUGAGGUGUCGGCACUAAUUGGAAUCCCUUCUGAAAAACCCUCUAUAAUAAAAAUUCUCUGUAUUACACGAACUAGGCAUUACUAUUCAGUUAAUACAUUCAAGAAAUAUCGGUACAAGAUUGACAGCAAUGACUGUGUGACAGAGAUGCUGGACAUGCAAGUGGUACACACCUGGUGGGAUCUGGGAUGGCUGGUAGCCAGGCAGACGGCUCGCAUCCUAUGGCACGAUUUUUUUGGAGUCUUAAAUUAUGGUAUUGCUAUGUUUUUCUCAAAGAUGAAGAGCUACUUUGUUUGA